AUGUCUACCAUUCUAAUUGUCGGCGCCACUCGCGGUUUGGGUGCAAGUCUAGCAAACCUCUACAAGUCAGAUCCGAAUAACCACGUCCUAGCAACCGCACGAACAACGGAUCCUCCGCCUAGCACAAAGAAUCUUACCUACGUUCCUGAUAUCGACGUCGCUUCUCCAGAUGCUGGCAAGAAGCUACUCAACUUCUUGCACGAAAAAUCUAUUUCUCAUAUCGACAUUGUGAUCGUUACCGCGGGAUACUUUGCCACCGAGUCCUUGAAGGAGCCGUCAUUUGAAGCAGAGGAGAAGAUGUACCGCACCUGCGUCAUUGGUCCUACCAUCCUCAUCACCACUCUCGCCAAUGAUUUCGACAUGCUACUGAACAAAGGAUCUAAAGUUAUUUUCGUUUCAUCUGAGAGUGGAAGCAUUACCCUGCGACACGAAAAGGAGGGCGGCGGCAAUUACGGGCACCAUGCUAGCAAGACCGCAUUGAACAUGUCCGCAAAACUACUCAGCCUAGAUCUCAAAGAUAGGAGUGUCGCGAUAGCUGUCGUUCAUCCAGGGUUCAUGCGAACAGAGAUGACGCGUGGCGUGGGGUUCGACAAAUUCUGGGAUGAAGGUGGAGCUGUGACACCGGAUGUUGCUGCAGAAUCACUCCUCGAAUGGAUCGAAGCCUUCGACAUUUCGAAAACCGGGCAGUAUUGGGCGCCUCGGGGGCCGGCGGAUAUCGGCACCGCGGACGUAAUUCUUGGGCCCAAGGACCAGCUUCCCACUCCCCUUCAACUUCCCUGGUAG